AUGGGUAUUUGCUUAGAUACAGAAAAAAACAACACUGUGUCCGACAUAGAGGACCCAGACUGGAAAGGCGGUGGACCAAGCUCUCGUUCCGCUGUGGUACGCACUCCGAGGAGCGCCAUCAACGGGAUGCAGAACACCGGGAAAGUAAAGUUCGAUCCACCGAAAGUGCCAGUUAUAUUCAUCUUAGGUGGCCCCGGUAGUGGUAAAGUUACGCACUGCGAUACUCUGAUGCAGGAGCGCCGCGGUGUUACACACAUCAAUAUGAUGGACUUGCUCCAACAGUAUGCUAUAGGAAAUGACAUGCAGGACUUCUCCCAACUUUCGUCCCGUACGGUCACAGAAGUUCUGAUGCUCGAAAUGAAAAUGUCACCAGCUGCCAAAACCUACCUGGUCUCCGGAUAUCCCCGAUCGAUGCGGGACGUCGUCGAAUAUUCAGAAAAGAUCCAGGUAAUCAACGGUGUGAUAUUAAUAUCUUGGCGUCAGGCAAUACUACAGAAGCAAAUCGACUAUGGUGCCAAGCUGGGCCACGUGGUACUUUCGCUGGCCAAGAUGGAGCUUGAUAACUUUUUCAAAAACGUCAUGCCCGUUGCGGAUUACUUCGACCAGAGCGACAUGCUGAUUGCGAUCAACGGUGAGCGGUCGCCGUCGGAGGUGUACAAAGACUUCCGCGCCGCAGUACUCGACAUACUGGGCGCGCAAGAAAAUCAGGAAGCACUGUUGAACGGAGUCGCAGGUAUGGGCAGGGGCGUAGAUGACAUACCCGGCAGUAUAGUUAGUGUAGACACGGCACCUAGUCAACCUAAGGUCAUUGCAGCUCCCGCACAUCAAGUAGAAUUAAAUCAUACUCGCACGCCUCCGCCCCCAGCGAACGGUCCGACCCGUCCGGCCGUCGGCGACCAGAUGACGCGCCCGACGUCGCACGGGUUGCUGCAACGGCAGCAGUCACGGUCCAGCCUACAGUCGCGGCAGCUACCACGCCAUGAGGAUACCGGCGCAACGGCCACGACCGUUGGCUACGGGGAGCUGCUAUCUCCCGAACGAUUACCUCACCGAGGUGGCCGGAUUCCACCGAUCAUCUGGGUCAUCGGAGGUCCUGGAAGCAAUAAGGCUUCGCUGUGUCUUAAGGUUGUCGGUAUCAACGCCGGUUGGGGUCACUUUAGUGUGGGACGAUCUUUGCGAGCUGUGGCCGAAGCAGGACCCCGUGUAGGCUCAGACAACUAUGCCGUCAAAGAGGCCAUCACCGCUGGGGAGAUGGUCCCGAAGAAGUCCCUAGACGCCCUCAUUGCAAGUCAAUUGACACAACUUGCCGACAAGCGGGGCAUCAUCAUAGACGGUUUUCCGCGCGACAUCGACCAGGUUUCGGACUUUGAGCGCAAGUACAAUCAGAAACCUCCAAUCAUCCUGCUGGAUUGCUCCAAGUUACAGCUCGGCCGUGGCAGACUUGACGACACGGUAUCGUCCUUCAGGCGUCGCUUGGAGCUGUUCCGAGAACUCACACUCCCCAUGCUGAAGGAGAUGGACACGGCGGGGCGACUCACGAUUGUUGACGGUGACACGGACAGUCCAACCGUGCAGCGCGAGUUCGAACGGAUCGUGCGCGUCAACAUGGAGCGGGUGUUGAACUCCGGCCUUGUACCCGACCCCCAGCAGGAGGACACCGCCGAAGCGAGAGACGUUCAACCGGUCCAGAUAGGCAACUUCCGGAGCGUCCUACAACAAAGUCAGCAGGCCAGCAUGGAUGCAAUCGUGCAGGAUUUGGACACGGAAUCGGUACCGGGCGCGGUUCCUACCAUAAGCCAUCACGUCAGCCUGGCCAAUGGACAUCUACCGGGCAGUGGGAAGGCGGCAGGCCCGGCGAAGAAUGGGUUCGUGCCGAACGGACGGCCAAACUUUCGCAACAUGCUCGAGGAAGCGGAUAGCUAUCCGAUAGAUUCACACAUCUAA